UUUGUCGCCACUCGCCACUCGUCAAACGACUGGUUAUUGGGCGUCCGUUCUAUCGUUCGGUAAACGUCAUCUUAUCUCUUUAUGUCUGAUUUUUGCGAUCCACAUGCUCAGUGGUGACCGAAAUAAUUAAAUAUUCCAUAAUUCCCGCACGGGAAGCAAUUUUGAGGGACGUCAGAUGGUAAACGCAAACUAGAAAGUGUUUCAACUGAAGUGUGAGGUGUCCUACCCGUCCGGAUCGAUCUGGAUUUGGGCAGUUUGAACUACAUUUUGGGUUCACUUUCCCCCUAAUAAAUUCAUUUAGAAGCGAGGUGGUGUGUUGUAAAGACAUAUUUUUAGUAACAUACAAUCGAAUCAGUGAGUUUUUUUUGUGUAUCAGUUCAUAAAACCGAAUCAAUAUGUCUGAAGAGUCGUCAGCAGAUCGCAAUGUUGAAAUAUGGAAGAUCAAGAAGCUCAUAAAGAGCUUGGAAAUGGCCCGUGGUAACGGCACGUCGAUGAUCUCGCUGAUCAUCCCGCCGAAGGACCAGAUCUCGCGCGUGUCGAAGAUGUUGGCGGACGAGUUCGGCACCGCGUCGAACAUCAAGUCGCGCGUGAACAGGCUCUCCGUGCUCGGCGCCAUCACCUCCGUGCAGCACCGGCUCAAGCUGUACACUAAAGUGCCGCCCAACGGCUUGGUGAUCUACUGCGGCACGAUUGUGACGGAGGAGGGCAAGGAGAAGAAGGUGAACAUCGACUUCGAGCCGUUCAAGCCGAUCAACACCUCGCUGUACCUGUGCGACAACAAGUUCCACACGGAGGCGCUCACGGCGCUGCUCGCCGACGACAACAAGUUCGGUUUCAUCGUCAUGGACGGAAACGGCGCGCUCUUCGGUACUCUACAAGGGAACACAAGAGAGGUGCUGCACAAAUUCACAGUGGACUUGCCGAAAAAGCACGGUCGCGGUGGUCAGUCCGCGCUGCGUUUCGCGCGUCUGCGUAUGGAGAAGCGGCACAACUACGUGCGCAAGGUGGCCGAGGUGGCGACGCAGCUGUUCAUCAGCGCCGACCGGCCCAACGUCGCCGGGCUUAUCCUCGCCGGUUCCGCGGACUUCAAGACCGAGCUCUCGCAGUCCGACAUGUUCGACCCGCGUCUGCAAGCCAAGAUCAUCAAAUUGGUGGAUGUGUCGUACGGAGGCGAGAACGGAUUCAACCAGGCCAUCGAGCUGGCGGCCGAGUCCUUGCAGAACGUCAAGUUCAUCCAAGAGAAAAAACUGAUCGGCAGAUACUUCGAUGAGAUCUCGCAGGACACCGGCAAAUACUGCUUCGGCGUGGACGACACGCUGCGCGCGCUCGAGCUCGGCGCCGUCGAGACGCUCAUCUGCUGGGAGAACCUCGACAUCCAGCGAUAUGUGCUGAAAUCGCACGCCACCAACCAGGAGACCAUCCUGCACCUGACACCCGAGCAGGAGAAGGACAAGUCGCACUUCACCGACAAGGAGAGCGGCGUGGAGCUGGAGCUGGUGGAGUGCCAGCCGCUGCUGGAGUGGCUCGCCAACAACUACAAGUCGUUCGGCGCCACGCUCGAGAUCAUCACCGACAAGAGCCAGGAGGGCAGUCAGUUCGUGCGCGGCUUCGGAGGCAUUGGCGGUCUUCUGCGCUACAAGGUUGACUUCCAGUCGAUGCAGCUGGAGGACGAGGAAAUCGACAAUCUUUACGACAUCGACGACUACUAAACGAUCGCGGCGUACACCUGCGACUAUUAGUCGCACGCGGCGUACACCGGCAACUAUUAGUCGCGCAAGGCGCACAACAACGCGCGUCUGAUCACCUCGUGUUGUGCCGUGUUAGAUCUUAGGACAAUUUUUAACUCGUCUGUAAUGUGUAUUGUUAUAAAAUCAAUUGUUUGUUAUAUUUAACUCUGCGAAUGAUGAAUGAAAUUCUAUAGUGGCUAUAAUCUGUGUUAAUGAUUAUUGUGGGUCUAAUCCCUAAGUGUUUUUGAAAUGUGACUGAUUAUUAUUUUGGGGCCUUACAGAGGAGUCGCACGACAUCGCACUAGACUUGGGAACUACUCAGUAAUUAUAGAAUUUGCACAAUUAUAAGUUUCAGAUUAGUGUGCGGGUGCCCUAUAGUGUGGCGAGACAUAAAGUCGCAUCGCAGUAGCGGUUACGUAUAUUCGUCUCUUUCCUGUGCAUGUUAGUUAUAAUUGAUCGUCGUAGUUGAAACAGCAACGCCUCUCAGCACUCCUUAGGUAUCUCAACACUGACCAGUAUAUGGGCUGAUUGAAUUUGAUGUAUGGUAUGUGUGAGUAAAUAGUAAGUAUUGGGUCAUAAUAUUAUUUGGGCUUCAUCACAAUAAAUAUAUUUUUUUACAAUGAUGAAGUCUAUUCGCGUAACAAUAAACAGCCACAUACAUAGAUCCAAAGACGAACUGAUAUUGAGGCAAUCCUCAUACCCAUGACAAGAUUUCUGUUGACAGUUUUGACGUUGGUGAUCCCGUGCAUUCUCACGGGUCACACUUGUCCCGGGAUACGGAUUCCCGUUAUUCCCUGUCCUAGUCGGAUCGACACACACGUCGACCUGCCACGGAGACUCGGAGAUAGUGUAAUCAUUGUAAAAAAAAAAUAUACUAACUUUGUAGCUUGUGUCAUUCUCAUUUUGCUGUAGUUUUAUUAUAUAUGGAAUCGAGUUAGGUCUCGGUGUUAUUCCACAAUGUUAAUUAUUUGUAAACGACACGACACAACACGAUGCGGCGGCAAGUUGGCAACAGGCUGGUCUCGUCGCCUUGUCACCAGAGCUGCGUGCGCGAGUCUGUUCGCAUGAAUGUGUGGCCGUGCCAGCGUGGAAGCAAUAUUGUCGAAUAUUAUGAACUAAGAUACUGACUGAUAAUGAUAAGGCGCGAGCGCAGUCGAGCCGCGCGGAGCCGCGCCGGGACAGCCUACGUGUGAAUACUGAGUGGACACUUGCAUAAGGGGAACAUGGUUUUCUGUACUUGUGGUUGGGGGUAGUGGAGUUUAUUGCCUUCAUUCGUUUUCAAUAAAUAAUCUCAAUCUCAAUCGUCCAUCUAAUUUCGAGAAUGAACCAAUCAGAAUAAUUUAUUUGUUAACAUGUAAAGAUAAACUUUCUUCUAAUUGGUCCAUUUUUGAGAUAGAUCGAAAAAGCGAUUGGGAUCGUUGAUUGAAAAUGGCGGUUAGGCGACUGUCACCGUAUCAACAAAAGUAUUAGUAGUGAGUCACACAGUAGAUCUAGCUCUCUUCUGUCAAUGCUACUUGCGCGUAUGAACUAGAGAAUAUUAUUUAAUAAAUAUAAACAAUGAUGAUCGUCGAGUGAUGUCAAUGAUUUUGAUCUUUUUUUGUACUGAAUCUAUAGUAGAGGAUUACUAAGAAAGUGACCACUCGAAAAGGUAUUUUUAGAUUAAUUUUGUCGGAGUUGUGACGGCGGCGGCGUGGCUCGCGCGGGACGCAGGUCCGUGAACUAAGCGUGAACAUUCUCAUAUCAUAUGUAUCGUAUGUAGGCAAUAUCUACUGUUUUAAAACAAUUUAUAUUUGUUGUAUUAUAUUUUGAAUAAAAUUAAAAUGGUUCAUGGCUUCAAAA